UUUUAUUUCCUUGAGGCAGGGCUCAUUCAUUGUAUAAAAAGCCAGCUGCCCGUUGACUUCACAUCAGACCGGAGCAACCAGACAACCCCUUCUUCUCUGUGUGCCAGGUCCAGCCUCCUUUGAAGUAUGAGUUCCCACCAGCAGAAGCAGCCCUGCAUCCCACCCCCCGAGCCUCAGCAGCAUCAGGUGAAAAAGCCCUGCCAGCCUCCAACUCAGGAGCCAUGUGUCCCUCAAACCAAGGAGCCAUGCCACCCCAAAGUGCCAGAGCCCUGUCACCCCAAGAUUCCUGAGCCAUGCCAACCCAAGGUUCCAGAGCCCUGUCACCCUAAGGUUCCAGAGCCUUGCCACCCCAAAGUUCCGGAACCCUGCCACCCCAAAGUUCCGGAACCCUGCCACCCCAAAGUUCCAGAGCCAUGUCCUUCACCGGUCAUCCCGGAGCCAACUCAGCAGAAGACCAAGCAGAAGUGACGUGAUCCACAGACAAGCCUUUGAGGAGCCAACCACCAGAUGCUGAAUCUCCUCUCCCAUUCUGCUUCUGCAUCCCAUUUACAAUUAGCAUGCUGUCACCCUGAGCCAUAACUCCUGCCUAAAGAAGUUUUCCUCACACUGGAGGGCUCCUGAGCCUCUGAAUAAGGCUGGAAGUCUCGCUGGUUGAGCUAGUCUUCCUGCUGCUCAGGGCUCAUCUGAAGAGGGAUAUUGGGGUUGGGGGAAUCAAGUGAAUCUUUCCUGCUCUGCCCCCAUUAAAUCACUUUUAACUCCA